GAAUAUGCAUUUUCACACGUCGCCUCUGUGUUGAAAGCAUGUUUAUGUUUAUACAAUAAAAGAAAAAGAUUUGUUUCCAGUUUUAAUAUUUUUUGAAUAUAGGCACUGAAGAGGAAAAGAGAAGUUUUUUAAACGUUAUCUGAAGUACUUGCUGCCACCGGCCUAAUUUCGGAUAACACAAAGAAGGCAUGCAAUGUAAAAAGUUGAUGCUCAUGCAUGAAACUCGCACAUUAUCCCUGUGUUUUGGAAGAUGUAGUUGUAAUUCUUUUUUAUGCUUGGAAUUACCAUGAAAAAGAUGUUUAAUUGUGUUCCUUUGCAUGGCAAGAUGGAGAGACAAGGCUUAGAAGAGAGGCUUCGAGAAGCUGCAUCUUGUGGUGACAAUGAAGAAAUACAAAAACUUUUGAAUUUAAAUGUUGAUGUCAACAGUAAGAAUCAAGUGAAUGGUUGGACGGCGCUCCAUUGGGCUUGCAAGAGAGGUCAGAUCAAUGCAGUAAGUAUACUGCUGGACAACAAUGCAGAUCGAACAGCAGAAACUAACAGUGGUGAAACACCAGAUCAGCUAACAACCAAAGCAGAAAUACAUCGUUUGUUGGGAGUGACCCCAGAAUCGGUAGUAGCAAAUAGAUCUCUACCUAUUACACCCAACUAUAUGAAGUACCCGAUUCAAACAUAUGCAUCGCAAAAUGGUGAUGGGCAGGGGUCAGAGGUCAUGAGACAAUCAUCAUCGCUGGGAAACCGAGAGACAAAAGCUGCAUGUUUUAAGGAUGAUGGACUGGAACUUGUACUGAAGGUUCGCGUUGCCAAUGCUGCCGACACGGACUUCAUUGAAGUCGAACUCGAUCGGGGGAAUCUAACUUUCCAAACCCUUAUAGAAGUAUGCUGCAGGGAACUGAAUGCGAGUCCAGACCUUCUGGUGAAGGUCCGCAAACUACCAAACACAAUUGUCCGCAAAGACAAGGAUGUCCGACGAUUCCACGACUUCCAGGAACUUGAGUUCGUCUUGCGAAAGACUUCUGCUGAUAACCAUUCAGUUCCUUUUCAAAAUCAAAGUAUUUAUUAUUAAUAUUUGUACAUUGACAAUAAUUAUUCAGUGUGAAAAUUUUGUUAUUUAUAUAAUGUUCUUUUAAAUAGACUUAAUGCACAAUAUAACACUGUAUUAGUUUUUCAUUUUCAUGGACUAAUUUAUUUAUUAUUUGUUUUCAAAAUACAUCAAAAUUGCAGUAAAACUGUACUGGUUGCUGUUUGAAAGUGACAAUAUUAUAUAAAUGAUUUCAGUUAAAUUUAUAAUUUUAAAACCACCAAUAUAAUAAGAAAACAAUUAAAUAUAUGUAAAAAACAUAUUGAAAUUUGAUUUCAAUGUUUUUUUCAUAAUUUAAGUGACAAUUUUAAUAUCUGGAUUUCCACAAUGCUUGUUUUACAUCUAAUAAGUUCUUAAGACACUGUUUAAAAUUUUUUUUCUACAAAUAAUUGUUUCAUGCUUUCAAAUUAUAAUUAUAAUAUUAUUAUCAUCAUUAAAAAAUGUUAUAUCUGUAUGUUUUAUGUUUAAGAUCGUAGCUAUAUAAUCAAAGGUUUACAACCUAGCCUCACUGUUGACAUUGUGGUGUGCUAAGGUAAUUAAUACAGUAGUGUACCGUGUGUACAUUUUUUCAUCAGGAUAACAAAUAGCUUUAACACACUUUAUCUCUGUAGAGCACUUUUCCAGAAGCUGUGUGCAGUUUUGAAAAAAAAAAAGUCACAGAAAACAGUUUUAAAACUGCAAAAUUCUUGCACAAAUUCACCGUCUAUUAUUUCACCAUCAUUUUUUGUAUUGUAUUGAUAUUCUAAACAUGUUUAUUAGCUACUGUUUGUUUUUAAGUGUUCCUCGAUUUGCAUUUCUUAUAGUUGAAACAUUUUCUAUAUAGUUAUAUAAGAGUUAUAUUUUUUUUUUUUUUUCUGCUUUCAAAGUGUGCACAGCUUCAAAUUGCACGGAACACCAUUGUUUGUAUUCCAAAGUGCUCUGCAACUGAUAAAUCUUUGCAGCCCUAGAAACAAAAUCUUGGACAAUGAAUUAUUUUCUUGAAUAUCAGAUUUCUAUUACUGUAUCAUGUUUUAAUGUUUCAUAAAGUUUUGUAGGAAAAUAUGCUUAGGUAAUAUGCAAAUGUAUUCUCUCUUCUAUAUAUACAGUAUACUGAUGCAGAUGAGUUCAAUGUAUAUGAAUUAAUAGGCUCUGUGUAUGAACACUUUAGAUAAAAGUUAUGAAUAUUCAUAGAAUAUGUUAAUGAUGGGCAUACUUAUUUUGUAGUUGCCUUGAUGGAAACCAUAUUGCCAGAUGAAGGCAUUUUCUAUUGGAAAUGUAAAAAUUGAUAGUUUAUAAGCUGCAGAUUUUAUUAGCGUGUUAUUUUAUAAACCAUGGGGUCCACCGAUAACUGAAACACGGAGAAAUGUGAAGUUUAUGUUUUAUAAUUUGCAAUAUUAGUUUUGAAAGUUUAAUUUUUGUCCAACAAUUUGUAGAAAUUAAUAAUCAAAAGGUACCAUCUCCUGUAUGGACGAUGGCUAUUAUAUGAAUAAUAGCAGAGUAAAUAUAAUAGAAGUUGACAUUUGUAAAUAAUAAUAAUAAUAAUAAUAAUAAUAAUAAUAAAGGACUUUUUAUUAAGGAGAGUCAACCAUACUAUUACAACGAAUCUAUUUGCUAUUAGUUAGUUAAAUUCUUUAUUUAUGGUCAGGUGUUUCCAUCUUCGUCUUAGUUUCUCCGGAUAUUAAAUAUUAGGAUAUCUAGGAUAAUGUAUUAUGGACAGGACCUGUGUUUGAGUAUACUCUAUGCAGUGGAAGUGAAAUUUCUGUGUAAAUUGGAAUGUGUUAAGUUUCACUUUAGUUCAUUUGACAGGCACGUCAACAUUGUGUUGACAGAUGACCAAUGGCUGUCCAAUAAUAAGGAGACUAUAUUUGUUUUGUCUGCAUUCCUAGUGUCUCCAAAUUACACAAGAGACAUUUUUUACACAGGAUGUAUACUAAAUAUUUUAACGACUUCCCGAUAUCCACCAAAAUUUCUGUCAGCUUCGCACAAAUUUAACCCUUGCUAAAAGUCAGUAUAAUUUACAGUAUAUGCAAACACUGCAAAUUCUCCUGAAAAUAAUAUGCUUUAUGGCUCCGAAUUUACAUUGUUGUGGUCAUCAUUGCAUGAUAAUUCAUGAACUAGAGAUACCAAUGUAUAUCAGUUGUCUUCCAGCAAAUUAUUUCUGUGUUAAAGUAUUUAGUAAUAAUUUUCAGAGUGUCAACGAAACUUAACAACUGACCAAUCAGAACACGGUCACGUGUUGUCCCACAGGCGCAUGUUUUUGCGUACACUGUCGUUUUGUGGACCCUUAGGCAACGAUAUUCAAGGGGCUGGGCUUUGUGAAAAGGUCCAUUGAUAUAAAUGUAAGGGUAUAAUUUAGUUGUUUUGCAGUUUAUAUUCAGGUUCUACCGUGCAUACAGUAAAUCUUUGAAUAAGCGCCACUCUCGACUGAACACCGCACCAAGCAUUUGUUUUUUUCAGUAAGCGCCGCUCUUGAGUAAGCACCGCAGCGCUUAUUUGAGAUUAUUCUACUUUGAAUAAGCACCACAGCGCUUAAUAGAGAGUAUAUAAUUGUUAUCUGUGUAAUGAAACGCUUUGAGAAACAAAGUUCAAAUGAAUAAAUAACACAGUGAAGACACAAGAAUAUCUUUAUAAACGUUUAUUUAAGAUGAUGUAGGGCCAACGAUGGAAUACGUUAGUUAGCAACAUGGGAAUGAGCAUAGAAAAAGCGCCACGCUGAUAUUUUUCAAGGGCCACUCCCGAAUAAGUACUGCACACUGAAGCCGCCAACAAUUUAAUAAGUGCCACAUCUUAUUCAAGGAUUUACGGUACCUUUGGAACAAAUCCCACCGUCAUGAUCAUAUUGAGUAACAGUUGAAAAUGCCCAUGUACCAUUAUAGCAGAGCCAUGAAGUUGCAACAUUGAACAUUUAGAAGCCAUUUUUGUGUCAAAAAUCGAUAUCCGAGCUCACAGUGUGUAACAGCCUAAAACUGAGUACAGUAGUUAGAUUUUCUCUUUGUUUUAUUCAGUCAAACUAUCACUACAUACAAGUUAGCAAUUUUCAUUUUGUAAAAACCAUUUUUACAUAGUUUAUUAUUGUAUAAUGCUAUCAAGGUCUGCAUUAUUAAUUGAAUAAAAUUGUUUAUUUUACCGGAUAUAACUUAAUUAGUGUUAAAGGAUCCCCCUCACUAAUCAUCAGAGACAGUGUUUGUAAACGAAUUCCUUAAUAUCCAGUAUUAUACUUCUAAAGUGCUAAAUUUUGUGCUACUGUGUAUUCUAAGUUCAUGUGCAUUACAUGUGUCCAUCCGAGGGAUUUGGACACAAAUGUCGUGUACAACAUCACUCUCCGCAAACCCAUGUACUUAGUACCGGUCCCAACUCCAUGGCUCUGCAUCAUAGAGAAAUAUUUCUCUAAUGUAAAAAUGAUGUUGCGAUUUCCACAUUUACAUCCUGGAAAUUACAAUAGGCCUACUGACAACCAAUUCCACAGUCAUUCUACAGUUCGACAGUUAUACAGGAGGGUUGGUAUGUUUUUUUUAACGUGUAACUUAAUGAAAUAAAAUCUUGUCAACAAAA